CGCGUUUGCGGUUCUGUCUCGCCAUUGUCCUGAGACUCGCCGUCGAUCAGAGCGGGAAGGGGUUCUUCCAGUGACCUGUGUCUAUCGACCAGCCAGCCACAAGGCCCGACCUCAUGGUUUUUGGAAUCGUCUGAGAUACGUACUUCGAUCGACUUUAGGGACUUCGACUUAGCAGAACCGCACCUGUCAAGAUGGCCGACAACAAGUACCAAGACAGCCUUGCGCUCGAUGCCGAAACCGCUUCAUUGAUGCUUUCCGGAGGCGUGCAUCUCGGCGGCAAGAACGUAGAUUCCUCGAUGGAGUCGUACGUAUUCAAGCGUCGCAGCGAUGGUGUCAACAUCAUUGACAUCGGCAAGACCUACGCCAAGAUCGUCCUCGCUGCUCGAAUCCUCGCCACCAUCGAGAACCCCAACGAUGUUUGCGUCAUCAGUGCCCGACCCUACGGUCACCGAGCCGUCUUGAAGUACGCCGGAUUCACCGGUGCUCAGGCCAUUGCUGGACGAUUCACCCCCGGUUCUUUCACCAACUACAUCACCCGAUCGUUCAAGGAGCCCCGAUUGAUCAUCGUCACCGACCCCCGAGUUGACCACCAGGCCAUCAGGGAGGCCGCUUACGUCAACAUCCCCGUCAUUGCCCUCUGUGACACUGACGCCUCGUUGAAGUUUGUUGACGUUGCCAUCCCUUGCAACAACAAGUCGCGUCACUCGAUCGGUCUCAUCUGGUACUUGCUCUGCCGAGAGGUCCUCCGUCUCCGAGGAACCAUCGACCGAGGCAACUGGUCGGUCCUCCCCGAUCUCUUCUUCUACCGAGACCCCGAUCAGGUCGAGGCCGACAACGCCGAGAAGGCCGCUGCCCUUGUCGCCGGAAACGCCGCUGUUGAGGGUACCGUUGAGGGUGCCGUCCCCUCCGAGUGGGAUGCCACCAACGCCGCUGAGCCCGCUCAGUUCGCUGCCGAGCCCACUGGCCAGGCUCUUGACUGGUCCGCUGACAACACCGCCGGUGACUGGUCCGCCGACCAGCCCGCCCAAAACUGGUAAACGCACCAUACGCUUGCUCGGAACGAGGCUCGCCGUCCUCUAAUAGGGAGAUGUUAGAGGCGCCAUUCACGACGGGUCGAAUGAGAGUGGAGAGAUGAGAUGUAUUUGCUUGGCUUUGACGGGAAUGAGGGUGUUGAGAUGAUAAUCAAUUUCGAACCCAAC